UAAUUAAAGGUUUAGCUAUAUAAAAGUAGAUCUUUAUUUUUUAUUUGGAUAAAGUAUUUUAAGACAUUAAACGUGUUGUUAAAGAUUUCGUGGCGUGAUAUAUAUUGACAUUAUAGUGGAGGUUAAAAAUUCAGUCCUUUUUCAAACCAUAUGUGUAUAAAAUAAGAGAUCAAAUGUGAUUGUGGUAUGGAUAUAGAAUUCAUGGAUUCAUCAGAUCUCCUGAAGAGCAUAGACAAUGAAAAUGUGCUGUCAGGUCUUCAGAAAACCAUAGAUAUUGAAAAUAUUCAUAAUCAUGGAAAUUUAGAAAGAUGCAGCCAUUCAGCAAGUAAUAUACAGUCUGUGGCCUCCACCAAUAUGGACGACAAUUCAUGUGAAUCCAAGGAGCUCAUUCCUAAUAUAGAGGUCACACAACAUCUUCAAAGCAUCAUGCCACCAGAGGGCACUACAGGAACCCCAGAACCGAAACGUUCUUUGACUUUAAUGCAGAUGAUCCUGUUGAACGCCAUUGUUUGUGGAGUUGAAGUUUGUGCGUGUGCAGGUUUUACCUAUAUACCACCAAUGUUAUUAAAGGCUGGAUACACUGAGGAAAACAUGAGUAUAAUCCUUGGUAUGGGACCAUUCUUAGGCCUCAUCGUUGUGCCAAUUAUUGGUAAAGAAAGUGACCGUUGUAAGAGUCGUUUUGGUCGCAGGCGACCAUUUAUAGCCGGGCUGUCACUUGUUUUAUUAUUUUCCUUGUUAUUUAUACCAUAUGGGGAUGUAUUAUUUAUAAAGCUGUUAGGAGACACAUCCUUUAGUAAAACAAUGUGUCUCGUAGGAUUAACUGUUGGUGUGAUACUAUUAGAUUUUACUAGUCAGGCAUGUUUGACGCCAUGUGAAGCUCUUCUGUCUGAUGCAUCACAAGGUACACAGCAACACGAACAAAUAUUUACCAUAUACUCACAAAUGGUCAGCUGUGGUGGUUUCCUAGGUUACCUAGUUACAGCAAUAGACUGGAACUCAAUGAGUAUAGGUCACUUUUUUGGCAGCCAAGAAAAAACUGUGUUUUCAGUAUUAACCGUUUUAUUUUUACUUUUGUUCACAACCACUAUAAUUGUUGCAAAAGAAGAGCCUCUUAGUGAAAGAGUAUCAAGUCAUCUUGAUUUACAACAACUUGAAGCAGAUAUCCCAGAAUUCAAAGUUCCAGGAAGUACAUUAGAAUCUGGGUAUGAAUCUAGCAUCAAUUCUGAUGAAGAAAAUUAUUACCCAGGACAAUUAGUUAGAAGACAAAAACGGGUUAAAAGUUUCUCAAAAUCAAGCAAAAAAACAAGAAAUUAUUUCACAUUACUUUUAAAUCUUUGUUUAUAUCCAUUAAUAUUUGUACUUAAACGUAUCAAAGUUUUAACAGUGUUACAGACGCUUUGUAAAGCAGUUGGUGGAAUUAUAUAUGAAAAACUUCCAGAAACUGUGAAAAAUUUAAUAAAUAUUCCAUACGUUUUAAAAGUUUUAGCAUUAGCAAACUUUUGUAGCUGGACAGCACUAAUGGGAUUUAAUUUAUUUUUUACUGAUUUUGUUGGACAAGCCAUAUAUGGUGGCAACCCUAAUGCUCCUGAAAACUCAAUUCUACGUAAUCAUUACGAUGAAGGAGUUAGAAUGGCUAGUUGGGGAUUAUUAUUUCAUUGUAUAACAUCAGCUAUAUAUGCUUUCUUAGUGGAAAGACUUGUGAAUAAGUUUGGAACAAGAUGGACAUACUUCUUUGGAAUGUUUUCAUUUUCAAUAGCCAUGUUUUGUAUGGUGACUUGGAGAAAUAUCUACAUAGUGAAUUUAAUGGCAGCAUUUACAGGAUUUGCCUAUGCAACAUUGACAACCAUUCCAUUUAUACUGGUUACAACCUAUCAUACAGACAAACAGGUUUUCUUCUUUGAUGUGAAUAGUAGUGGACCUAGUCGUGGAGUAGGAGGUGAUAUGGGUACAUUAGAUACAGCUUACUUCUUGUCACAAGUUGUCUUGUCAGGCCUGAUGGGAUACAUUGUCCACAUGACUGGUACAGUGUUGUCGUACAUGGUGACUGCUGGGGCCAUGGGUAUUCUGAGUUGUAUAUGUGUACAAAGAAUUAUAUCUAACAAACAUGACCUACACCAUGUUCUACCAAAGCCGAGAGAGAAUAUGAGAAUAUUGAACAUCUAACGUGUUAUUGUUAUAUUUAUUAUUUAUUGUUAUUUUAUAUAUAGGGUUAUUUUGUUGAACUGUUUUAUGUUUAAAAUGAAACUAGUCUACUCUCAAGUUCAAUCAUAGUGACCAAAAAUAUAUGUAAAAUUAUUGUCAAUAUUUACAAGCUUGUCUCAAAUAUGUAUUGAGGGAAUACAUGUCUUACAAGAAUGUAUUUUGAAAACUACUUGAAUUUCUGUUGUGAUAUUUUAUGAGACACAAAUUUUGUAAUUUUUAUUCUCACUGAAAACUGCCAAAAUGUCUUAGUUUGUACCAUUUUUGUCUUGUAUGUGACUAAAGUGACAGAGUGCAAAGACAUGGGGGAACAAAUCUAAUUGCAAUGAUAUGAA